AUGGAAAUACCAUCGUCUGCAGUCUUGUCGGCAACUGCUACCCCCACUGCCUUCCUCUCUUCGAGUUCUUCCUGGUCCAAUGUGACAGCAUAUGCGCUCAACAUUAGCUCAUCCUAUCUCAAUCUGUCGUCCGCAGGAGACUUUGCCAAAUUACCCUUCCGAAUCGCACGAGACCUUGAUAACGCCGUCUUCCGAACCCUGCCACGCUACCUCCUUGAAGCGACUGGCUUGAUCUCAGUAGCGGCGGCCAACGACAACAUUGCUGCUCCGGCUGCUAACGUUGCGGGCGAGGCAGCUGCUCACGCAGGAGCAGAGGCAGCAGUCUCGUGGUCAGACAUUAUUUCAGAGGCCUUUCAGGCAAGCACUUUCAAGAGCUACUGGGGAGUGAUGCAGUACGUGACCUCCAGAUGGGCCUUCACAUGCUUUGUUGUGGCUCUGAUCUUAAACCGUGUAUCGGUCUAUGGCGCCUCGCGUCAACGCAUCUUCCUAUCAUGGAACAAGAGACUCGCGCUUCGUUUGGUGCCAAUCAUGCUAUUCAUACCUCAGAUCUACCAGCUACUCUCCGCCAUCCGCUGUCAGACCUCGCCAGACUAUUCAUUGUACCGACAUGGGGACAACAACAAGUACAGCACGCUGGACUGGUCGACUGACGGAGGUACACUGUAUUCGCUGACGUCUAAAGGCCUCUACUGGCAGACCGACGCCCAAGCUUGUGCCGCGGUUGGAAUGAGCAGACCAGAGCCAGAUGUCAGAGCGCCUUAUGGAUCGUUCUCGCUGCUUUGGCCUACCUUCCUACGGCUGGCGUUGUCGCACAUGGUUGAAAGCUUGUCCUGCUCGCUACAGCAAAUUCCUCUCAUGACCGAAGUCGGCAUGUCAGUGUUUGAACACUCGCUCGCCUUCGCCGAAGCAGAAUCUAUGAUUACAUCGACUCUGACGAUGCUUGCGAAACAAGCCAGGGCGGCUUCGAAGACGACCGCAACCGUCUCAGCAACAUCCACUCCCAGUUCGACGGGGCUGGUUAUGGCUUCCGGAACGGUCAUGGCUCUCAGCGAUGCAGUGAGCUCCCUGAUGAGCCCGCACAUACUGGACAGAAUCAAUGUGCCUGUUGAAGUACUUCUUGUGGCGUUGCUCUCGGCCUCAAAUGCGCUAUGCUCCAACAUCCUAGCAGUAUUGGGCAAGCAACACAGAUGGCGGCUCGUCAACACUGCGUUCUGGGGUUGUAUGUUCAUGGGCUCGUUUGUCUGGGGAUUCGCAACGAAUAGCAUCAUGUCACGGGCUGAUGAGGGCGACAGCCGGCCAGUCUCGAGCCUUCUGCACUUCCCCACCGUUGCCAUCGUCGGUUUUCUGCCUCAUAUGUUGAUAUUGCUCGGUAUUCUCGUUUGUCUGGCCAUCUACAGCAUUGCUCUGACGCUGACUGCGCUUUCUCUGGGCACAAAUCCAAGUAUACCUCAACCCAGCAGCCUCAAGGAAAGAUUCAUCAUUGCCCACGACAAUUUGACUGCUGCAAUUCAGCUUCGUGGCAUUCAGCUUCGGUGGGCAGAAGACUUCUACACCGCCCUGCUUCGAAUCGGUUUCACUGCUCUUACAGCUGCUUCCGAGGCAGUUUUCUUGAACGAGGGUCGAUCUGUAGAGAUGAGGCAGUUCACCUGGCUUGAAGAAGAGCGACUUGAUGAGUUGCAACUGUCAAGAGAUCGACAGAGUGCAGUACCUACAUUUCAGAUUGUUGAAGAAUAUGGAGUUCCAUCGUCAAGUCCGGGUGGGUCGGACCAAGGAGGUGUUUGGGAAUCCGGCUACUCAAAAGAACGCAAAUUUGACAAGAAGGAGGGUGAGCUAUCCGGCAAAGAUUCUUUUGCAUACCCUACACCACGCCAGGACGGCGUUGGUGCCUUUCAGAGGACCACAAGAUUCUACUUGCUCCUCAUCUACAUUCGAGGUAUCAUGUUUCUUAUGGCUGGCUGGAUAGCAUUCGGCAUCGGCGUCACACUGGACAAAGUGGGAAUUACCAGUAGACCACGAUGGCUGAGGCGAAUUGUAGGCAGGUCUCUCAAGGGUGCCUCACGAGAGAGAGACCGCAUGAACUCCGAUCUCCUGCAUGGGAAUGCUGGGCGAGGCGAUGCGCCGGACAAUCCCGCUCUGGACAUCGAGACAGAAAUGCGACGAAACAUUCAACGAGACCACGAGGGCGAAGAAGCAGAGAAAGUCCUCGACGAGCAUAUAUACCAGUGGUGGAAAGACGGUGGUUGGUUUGGCAUGCAAGAUAAGAGUGGUGAAUACCAGCCAAGCACCAUCGACGAAGACGCCACCAGCAUCCUCUCCAUGUCGACAGCUGCCAGCACCAAUGACGAUGCCUUUGACGACGAUUGGGAAGACGAACCUGAGGGCGCCCGAACCCCCACGCAGAUGGUCCAUGGCCCCAGUCGUCAGACUUGGUCCUUUUCCGCCGUCGACGUUCGCUCUCGCGAGUCUACUCCGUCAGAAUCUGUCGACACUCCUCUCGACCCAGCUACCCUGGCUCGGUUAUUGGAUCCUCGAGAUGCCGACGCACGCGAAGAAGCCCGCAUUCUCGCCUCUCAUCUAUCGACAUCGACGGAUCAUGGGUCCGCAGGGCGAAUCAUGACGAGAUCUCGGUAUCGUAUGCAGGCCGAGCGCGAGCGCGCCCGUGUCCUCCUCGCCGGUCGCAGGACAACUGACAAACGCACCGCGGCUCGCACGCCAGCAGUACCCCUCUUUACACCGUCCCCAAUGACGUCCAGGCCUCGGCCCCUUACACCUGACGAGGAAGCGCAGGCUCUGGAAGCUCUGCUGCUUAAGCACCGUAAUACGAAGUCACCGUUCAGCUUGAGCGCGAGCCGCAAUGAGGUCAGGGACGAGGCCGACAAUGACGGCGCAGGGUCGGGACUCUUGUGCGUGGUGUGCCAGACGAGCUCACGGACCAUUAUCGCAUGGCCAUGCCGCUGUCUUUGCGUUUGCGAGGACUGCAGGGUAAGCCUGGCGAUGAACAAUUUUGGCAAUUGCGUGACAUGCAGGAGGAAUGUCGGCGGUUUCGUUAGGCUGUAUGUGCCCUAG